AUGUGUCAAAUGACGGAAUCACAAGAACAACAUAAAAAAUUGAAUAUAUUGGCAGUCGCACAAAAAUCUAAAAUUUGCGAAGUUCAGACAUAUAAAUAUAAAAUAUUUAGAUAUCGUGUGAAAGAAGGCAACUUUCACGUUUGCGUACUAAUUACUAAUUUGGGUUUUGAUAAAUAACUCUUAAUAUACCACUAAUUACAAAUACAUUCGACUACAAAAAGUCGCGAGUUGUUGCUUUGUUAGCAACAACAAUAACAAUACUGCGUGGUCGAACACAAAUACACAACAGUGAAUAAAAAGCACGCGAAAACGAAAAUUCGCCUGUAAUCUAGAAAAUUAAUAUUUUAAUUUCUACCCGCCCAACUGCAUUUAAACUCACGGCUCCGGCUUGGAUAACGAGGUACUUCCAAUUGCCAAAAAAUUAAGAUGUCUGUAGCAGAAUUUCUCAAGGACCUUCCCAGUCACAAUGCACAAAACUUUUCGCAAUUUAAUAUGGAACACGGACUGCGUACAUCACAGAAAAGGCCUUCCGUAUAUCUACCUACAGAAGAUGUUCCAUCGGAGCAGCACAUUGUGAUGGACAAGCGAUGCGUGUUGUUGCGAUAUCUGAAACAACAAUGGGAUAAAAAGACAUUACCUCGGAAACGUGAUCACAGCAACGGCGAUGCGAACGUAGGUAAUGGUACAGCGAAUAAUAGUUGUAAAAAACGUCCACGAUUGGAUAUAAACCAGCUUGUUUAAAACAACUUGGACUAUGAGCUGUCAAGUGGGUGGGGCAACGAGCGCAGCACGAAUAACCAAAUUGUGUCUGGGAUGCGCUUAAAAGUAUGAACAACUUGCUGUUAUCAUUACUAAAAAUUGAAUUUCUUUUUGUUUGUAUUAAAAGAACUACACUUGAAGAAAAUUUAUGUUUUAAAAUUAUAUGUUUGUAUAGCAUUUUCUCCAAUGCCGUACAAAAUCAACGAAUUAUAAACGCUAACACAAACCCUAUUUUAAAUCAAUAUAUUCCUGAAUAAUUUUAAACCCCCACAAAACGGGGAUCCUGUAUAAAACACACAAACAAUAGUCUGCAGCUUGUUAAAUAUGGUGCAAAUAUGCGCCUAGCCAUUACACAUUAGUUGUUAAGAUAUUAUUUUCUAAAUAUUUGAAUAUAAGCAAUUUUGUAAGUCGCAACUCACAUCAACAGAAACUUGGAAAUAACUUGUACUAAACAUAAAUUUACACAUGCACGCAUCAA